AUGGCGUUCGAGGUUUUCUUCCGCAAUGCGCCAUUGGUGUUCACCGCCGCUACAAUCCUUCGUGCUGUGUUUCUGCUCUACGGACUAUGGCAAGAUGCAAAUUCGCCGAUGAAGUACACGGAUAUCGAUUACUUCGUCUUCACUGAUGCAGCUCGAUUCAUCUCCCAAGGGCAAUCUCCCUACGCUCGCGACACGUACCGAUACACGCCUCUCCUUGCCUGGCUCAUCUAUCCGACAACCUGGCCCGGUACCUUCUGGUUCUCCUCCGGUAAAGUCCUCUUCGCUCUUGGCGAUAUCGUUGCUGGCUGGAUGAUGUACCGGAUUUUGCGAGAGUACCGGGGGUUAGAGAAAGAAAGAGCACUUAGGUUCGCGAGCAUUUGGCUGCUGAAUCCAAUGGUCGCAACAAUUAGUACCAGGGGAAGCUCGGAAGGACUACUGGGAGUGUUUGUAACGGCACUACUCUGGGCGGUGUUGGCGAAGAAAGUGAUACUUGCAGGGAUGCUGCUAGGAUAUGCCGUGCAUUUCAAGAUCUAUCCAUUCAUCUACGCUGCGUCGAUUGUGUGGUGGCUCGACGAUACGAAAGUCGAGAAAGAGAGGCUCUCAAAGAGCAACAUCCAGAUCUCGACUCUCGAUCAGAUUCUCGCAUUCAUCACCCCACAGCGUGCCACGCUCGCCAUAACCAGCAUCAUCACAUUCGCAAUUUUGAACGCUGCCAUGUAUCAGAUGUAUGGUUGGCCGUUUUUGGAGCACAGCUACUUCUAUCACCUCGCUCGAAUCGACCAUCGUCACAACUUCUCGCCGUACAAUACUCUCCUCUACCUUAACUCAUCGCCCGGAGGUAGCCAGUCGACUUUCGAACUCGAGCGCCUUGCCUUUCUCCCUCAACUGCUACUCAGCGCCGUUCUGAUUCCAUUGGCAUUAGCGAAGAAAGACCUCCCGUCGACGAUGCUAGCGCAGACAUUUGCGUUUGUUACAUUCAACAAAGUGUGCACGAGUCAAUACUUUUUGUGGUACAUGAUGUUCCUACCGUAUUACCUCCCUGACUCGGUUCUCCUUCGAUCCCGCGGUGUCGGUCUUGCUGCGCUCGCAGCAUGGAUUGUCGGCCAGGCCGCGUGGCUGCAGCAAGGAUUUCAGCUGGAAUUCAACGGUCGCUCAACGUUUGUGCCAGGGUUGUGGCUUUCUAGCAUUGCUUUCUUUAUGGUGAAUGCUGGCAUACUUGGCGUCAUCGUGCAUGACACAAGAGCAUUCAGGGAGAAGAGAGUGCAAGGGGCAAAGAAAAAGGUGUGA